UUUUAGUAAAUGCACAAAACAAUUUUAUAACUAUGAAGAUUGUGUUUCUAAGUUUUCUUCUCUUCUAUUUUUUAAUAGCAGCAGAGACUAAUAGGGCAUUUGCUCAAAAAAGAUUUUAUUCAAAUCGAGUGAAACGCGAGGCCUUAAGAGAUCAGUGUCUUCUACCCCCACAUCCACGUUACGGAAAAUGGGAUGUAGUAGACGGAGAAAGAAAAACGGGAGACAGAAUUGAGAAAUAUUCAGUUCUAAAGUUCGAAUGUACAGAUGGCUACCUAUUGACAUCGGAAUCUCCUUAUGUUACGUGCGACGAAAAAUGGAAUUCAGAUAAUUUCCCAAAAUGUGAAAAAAUGUGCCCUCCUCUUCACUCAACCACUUCCACAACGUUACGAUGCAGCAAUAGACACGGCAAAAAAAUUAAUUGCAAUAGGGCUACACAUGGUACCACCGUGUCUUACGAUUGUCGUGCGUAUUAUGAAGUACCGCUAACUCAUAGAAUACCCAUAGUAUGUAAUAAUGGAGAAUGGAGUUCAUCAUCACCCGUAUGCCAACCCAUAUGUGGAAAGAAAGUGAAUACCAAAUUCACACCUCUCAUAUGGGGUGGAAAUGAAGUGACUGACAUAAUUUAUCCCUGGGUCAUUGCUGUAUAUAGAAAAAUAGGCAACACUUAUAAAAAUAUUUGCGGAGGAUCACUCAUAAGUCGAAAUCUUGUGCUAACAGCUGCCCAUUGCGUCUCUGAUCAAUACACGGAUGUUAUUGAUAGUAAUAAAUUCUUUGUAGCGGGAGGAAAAAAAUAUAACGACUAUGGUAAUAUAAAAGAUCAUUAUACGGCUCAAUAUAUUAAGGUUGAAAAAAUUGUCGUUCAUGAACGAUACAGAGGAGAAAAUGGAAGAUACUUUGCUGAUAUAGCAGUUUUGGUUACAGAAAAACUGUUUAAAUUAGGACCAGCAGUUCAACCUGUUUGCAUUAAAAACGUGAAUUUAAUAUACUUACCUUCAGGAGAGUUAGGAGAGGUUGCAGGCUGGGGAUUCACCGAAGAAAAUGUUCCAGCAAACGUUUUAAAAUAUAUUAAAGUCCCCUACAAAGAUGAGUAUACAUGCAUUAGCCAAUUUUCAAGCGACUGGGAAAGCAAGUACAACUUCGUAGACAAAAUUUGUGCGGGUUUCUUUCAAAAAAAUUCCAGUGUCUGCGCUGGAGACAGUGGAAAUGGUUUGGUCUUCAACAAUCCCACCGACAACAGCUUCUACGUACAUGGUGUAGUCAGUAUAGCACCCGCAAAUUUGAAACAUACCUGCAAUUCACAAGAAAAUGCUUUGUACGCAUCUACAGCAUUCUACAGUGAAUUUAUAGAAAAACAGCUAGAUAAAUUUUUCAAAGAUGAGUGCAGACUUCCAAAGUAUCCCGAUUUUGGUAAAUGGGAGAUAAAAAACGACGCUAUAAAAAAACCUGGUGAAAUGGUUUUAUCGAAAACACUAUUGACAUUUUCGUGUGAACCUGGAUAUAAGCUUUCAAUUAGUCCACCGUCGUUGGAAUGUAAUAAAACAUUUGACUUACCAACGUGUAACUUAAUAUGCACAGAUCCCGUAUUUCCGCACACGACGACCAUAUUUUGCAGAAAUAAAAAAGGCCAAAACAUAGAAUGUAAAGAUCUAAUUCACGAGGAUAUUAUCAGCUUCACAUGUCCUGUAGGCUACGUAACGCCUAGGGGAACCCCUUCUACGACAUAUUUUUGUGUUCAUGGCUCCUGGGGAAGGGAUAAUCCUCACUGCGUAAACAAAACUCCAAGAAACUCCAAUCGUAGGAAACUAUCAACCUCUACCACCGAAAAACCCAAAGUGAUUGAACCAAAGAUUAUUUGCAGUUAUUGCAGUUGGAUGUCUUACAGUGGAAUCAACCCUGAAGAUUUUGAUCCGUUUUUGUGUACUCAUAUAGUUUAUAAUUAUAUUGGAAUAAAGGAUAAUGGUGAGAUUAGGGUUGAUGAUAAAGAAUUGGACCUCGAUACCCAUGGUGUCAAAGGUUUAUUUGUCAGAACCACCGAUUUGAAAAAGAAAAAUCCUAAUUUAAAAGUUUUAAUCAGCGUAGGGGGCACAUCUGCGACGAAUUCAAGUCUUUUCGCCAUAGUAGCUCGUAGUGAUGAUAAAACAGCCAAUUUCAUAAAUAGUGCUAAGGAUAUAUUGACGAAAUACAAUUUUGAUGGCUUAGACAUUGACUGGUUUUAUCCAGAGGAGAUACUAAAGGACGACUAUAUCCUCUUCUUGGAUGCAAUAAGAGAAGAAUUUAACAAACACAAAUGGUUACUGGCGGCUUCUGUAUUACCAUAUCUUGACGGUACCGGUUAUAUUGUUCCCGAAAUGAACAGAUUAUUGGACUGGAUCACGAUAAAAACUUACGACAUGUACGGUUAUUGGAGCUCAUACACGGGCAAUCACAAUGCUUUAUUUGAAUCUUCAAAAGAAUUCCCUUGGGAGAAGAAAAAUCUUAACAUGCGUGGAGCUGGAUUUAACUGGUUGGAUGCAGGUGCCAGCAAACACAAAAUAAUUUUAAGUAUUGCUUUUUAUGGAAGAAGCUUUACGUUGAAAGAUCAAAAUCAGUUUGGUUUGCAUGCUCCUAUCAAUGGGCCAGGUCCUGGAGAAGAUGGAGGGUUUUUGAGAUAUUAUGAGAUUUGUUCGAACUACACGAGUCCAAAAUAUACGCUAGUAUGGGACGAUGAACAGAAAACGCCAUACCUUUAUUUGAAGAAUAAUUGGAUCGGGUUUAACACCAUGGAUUCCGUAUGGAUGAAGGCUGAGUAUAUUAAGCAGCAAGGUUAUGGUGGUGUAAACGUUUUCCCGUUAGAUGGAGAUGACGUCCAUGGGAUAUGUAGACAUAAACAUAUUUUAUUAAAGUCUGUACGAGGUGGUUUGGGGUUGCCUGUAUCUUGGCCAAGCACCAGAUAAUCCACAGAAUCACUAAUUCAAGAUUUUUUUAAAUCAUAUUAUUAUGAUUAUUUUGUAUUUUGUUUAAGUUCGUAAAAGUAAACAUUUACUAAUUAUUUAUGAUUUUGUUAUUAAUGUCUAUGAGUAUUUAUAUUGUUUACGUACUUUGUGUCUAUAUAACGUAAGUAAGAAUAUAUAAAGAUUACAUCUAAAUAUUUU